AUGGCAGAGAUGAAGGAAUUAAAGACAGAACUGGACAAAUUAAGACAAGAAGUCCAACGAAUAGACAGUGAGACUGCGCGCGCUGACAGAUUGGAGAAAGAAUUGUUGAGAACCAAACAGGAAUUUGAAUCAUAUACCAGCUCUCCGAAAACUGUCUACAUUAACAAAAACAGAAAAUUGGAUAAAUUCUCAGGGAGACCUGUAAAAGAGACAGAUCCAACAGCAGAAGAGUGGAUAGAGGAUGCGAUACACCAUUUAAAAACCAUCACCGGAAGUGACGCUCAAGUAGAGUUUUUAUAUGCGCACUUACAGGGACAAGCAAAAGACGAAAUUCGUUUAAGGUCAGAAACUGAAAAAUCCUCCGCAACAAAAAUUUUGGAAAUAUUAAGAACAACAUUUCAAGAAGCCGAAACUGUUGGACAGUUACAACAGAGGUUUUAUCAAAGAAAUCAAAACAAAGGAGAGACUUUACAAGAAUAUUCUUUGGUGUUAUUGAAAUUGAUGGACAGAAUUGUGAAGAAGGAUAGAGUCAUAGUCGGUGAUAGAGACUUGAUGUUAAAAGAAAGAUUCACAGAUGGUGUGGUUGACAUUCAGCUGCGGCGGGAGAUGCGCAGAUACAUGUUUGAACAUAAGGAUGUAUCCUUUACUGAUUUCAGGCAGUUAGUAAUUCGCUGGACGGAGGACGAGACAAUACCAUCUCGACAUAAAAGCGUGUCUGUCUCGGAACAGGAAGUGUGUGUCACUAAUGAUGAACUCAAAGCUAAAGAGUCCUCUGCUACAUCAGCAGUAACUGCCAUGUUGCAAAGUCAACAAGAAAUGCUAGCGAAACAACAGCAGCAAUUGGACGCACUUACAAAGCUAGUAGGGGGCGGAACAAGUAGCUUUGUUAAAGGAACUGGUCGAGGCCGAGGUAGAGGAGCAAUAAAGUGCUAUAACUGUGGAGGUCGUGGACAUGUUAGCAGGGAAUGUCCUACAGAACGAAAACCUGGACAACAACAGAAACAGUAUGGUAGUAAUGGUGGACACCAAUAUAACAGAAAGCAAGAAACAGGAAAGCGGGAUUUAAACGCCCAGAACCCACUGUAGGGAGUCAGACAGUGGGGAAUAGUUCUCUUGGCUCCAAAAUAAAACAGACGGUGUUAAAGAAUGCUAUCGGUGAAUGUCCGGAGAUAGACGUUU